UGUACACAUGCGCUCUUAAUUUUUCAGAAUGGCAACAGUGGUGCUUGGACGUUUUGCCCUUCGUCGAGCCUGUAUGCUCGCAAGAAAUGCACAGAAAACGCAACAUGCAUGGAAGAAUUUAAGAACAAUUAGCGUAUCUUCCAAACUUUUUGCACAGAGAUAUUUCACAGAGAAGCAUGAAUGGGUUGAUGAAGAAAAUGGUAAUGGAAAAGUAGGCAUAACUGACUAUGCACAGGAUAAACUAGGAGAAGUUGUUUAUGUACAGUUACCAGAAAUUGGAACAGAAGUGGAAUUAGAUGGUGAAGCAGGCAUACUAGAAAGUGUCAAAGCUGCUAGUGAAGUGUAUUCACCCGUGACAGGGGAGGUUAUAGAAGGAAACAAUGCUGUAGUAGAUAACCCUAAACUUAUUAAUGAAUCUCCCUUUGAACAAGGUUGGUUAUUUACAGUCAAACUAAGUCAACCAGAAGAAUUAGAAGCUUUGAUGACUGAAUCUGCAUACAAAAAAUAUUGUGAGACACUUGAAUGAUGUUGGACAAUCGUAGAAACCAUAUUAUGUACAGAUCUAAGAGAAAACACAGUGCUUUAUACUUUAUUAUUCAUUGAAUAUUUUUAUGAACCGUUUCUGGACUAUUUAUGAUCUUGUUUAUUAUGAAAUAUAUGUACAUUUCAGAAUUAUGAUAUAGCCCUGUUCUAAAAUUAGUCGUCUGUUUAUAUAAAUAUAAUCAUCUUAAUAGGGAUUUAUAUAACUGAUUAUUCUUUUUAAAAUGAAAGUUAUUAUAAAAUAAAACUUAAAUUAUAUUAAAUCACUUACAAUUCUUCAUUGUUUUCAAUUUGUCCAAGAAAACACUUAUUUUUGUAUGUUUAAUUUUUUUUUGGAAAAAAUAAAAUCAUAUUUUUGUUGAUAUUGGAUUUUGUAGCUCACACAAUUUCUGUUAUCAAGGCCCUUGGAAAUUGUAUUUUGUUGAAAUAUGGGUUCACUUUUGUUUCAAAGUCCAAGAAAAUGAUUACCUCCUUUAUAAAGAUGAGCUGCAAGCGUCAUUCAAGAUUUACUGAAACAAGGAUAAUAAUUUCUUAAAACCUCAUAUGUUUCUGAAAAAUGAAACUGUUUUCAUGUUGUCCUCAAAUUAUUCGAUGUGUAAAACAGUAAUUUCAUUUCAUUCUAAGGGGUUUACCUUUCUUCUUUGUUUUUUUCUGGAAUGAUCCUUUACCUUUUCUCAAAGAGGUCACAAUAAGAUAAUUGAAGGUUAUGACCUCAAUUCACUCUGAAAUAUUUGUUAUGCAUGCAUUUAAAGUUACUGAAUACUGCAGGGUUAAAAAAAGAGUUUGUAUCCAAUAUGAAAGGCCACUGUCUGAAUAAGUAAAUUUUUUGCAUUGUUUUGUUCUUGGUUAUUGGAAGUAUAACUUAUUAUGAUUCAAAUUGGCAUUAGAAGAUUUCCAGUGGCAGUGGUAUUUGAAUAAAUAGUUUUGUAAAAAAUUGUUACAUUAUAACUAAGCAAUGGGGCUGUAUAGCAUUUAAGGUAGUUUUAGAACUGUCUUAUGGUAUAAAAGCUAAAUCAUCUGCAAGUUUUGUCCAAGAAAUUUCAUGAUCUACAUUGUAUCAUAUUUGAUUUUGGGUGGUUUGAAUUUUUAAAAUAACUAGAUUUUGUUUUAAUAUCUAACCAUGAAACUUGAUAAUAUUUUUUUGGUAGAUCCAACUUGUCACUAUUCCUUAUUCUUGUUAUGUAAUGCAUAAAAUGUUGCAAAGAUAAUUGAUGAACUACAAAAUUUACCACAAGAAAGAAGUGCCAUUGUUUAGUUUGUCCAAAUAUCCCUGUAAUAUUUGCUGCUGCACUCAUAAACAACCACCUACAAAUAUGUCAUUGUUUUACAUCUAUUGCAUGUGAGUAUAUGGUAACUAACUGAAUAUGUUGAAGAAAUAAAGUGACAUUUUUUAAAUA